GGGCUGUGCGGGUUUCUGUCUGUCGUGGCUCCGGGCCCGUGCCGCGGAGCGUCUGAGGGAGCAGUUCCAUAGGGCUACUUUCAAGAUGGACUCGACCCUAACAGCAAGUGAAAUCCGGCAGCGAUUUAUAGAUUUCUUCAAGAGAAAUGAGCACACCUAUGUUCACUCAUCUGCCACCAUCCCAUUGGAUGAUCCCACUUUGCUUUUUGCCAAUGCGGGCAUGAACCAGUUCAAACCCAUCUUUCUGAACACUAUUGACCCAUCUCACCCUAUGGCAAAGCUGAGCAGAGCUGCCAAUACCCAGAAAUGCAUCCGGGCUGGGGGCAAACACAAUGAUCUAGAUGACGUUGGCAAGGAUGUCUAUCAUCACACCUUCUUUGAGAUGUUGGGCUCCUGGUCUUUUGGAGAUUACUUCAAGGAAUUGGCAUGUAAGAUGGCUCUCGAGCUUCUCACCCAAGAGUUUGGUAUUCCAGUUGAGAGACUUUAUGUUACUUACUUUGGUGGGGAUGAAGCAGCUGGUUUAGAACCAGACCUGGAGUGCAAACAGAUCUGGCAAAACUUAGGGCUGGAUGACACCAAAAUCCUCCCUGGCAACAUGAAGGAUAACUUCUGGGAGAUGGGUGACACGGGCCCGUGUGGUCCCUGCAGUGAGAUCCACUAUGACCGGAUUGGUGGCCGGGAUGCUGCACACCUCGUCAACCAGGAUGACCCCAAUGUGCUGGAGAUUUGGAACCUUGUGUUUAUCCAGUAUAACAGGGAAAGCGAUGGCAUUUUGAAGCCUCUUCCUAAGAAAAGCAUUGACACAGGGAUGGGCCUGGAGCGACUGGUGUCUGUACUGCAAAAUAAGAUGUCCAACUAUGACACUGACCUUUUUGUUCCUUACUUUGAAGCCAUUCAGAAGGGCACAGGUGCCCGGCCAUACACUGGGAAAGUUGGUGCUGAUGAUGCUGAUGGGAUUGAUAUGGCCUAUCGGGUACUGGCUGACCAUGCCCGGACCAUCACCGUGGCACUGGCCGAUGGUGGCCGACCUGACAACACAGGACGGGGGUAUGUGUUGAGACGGAUUCUCCGCCGGGCUGUUCGAUAUUCCCAUGAGAAACUCAAUGCCAGCAGAGGGUUCUUUGCCACAUUAGUAGAUGUUGUCGUCCAGUCCUUGGGAGAUGCAUUUCCUGAGCUGAAGAAAGACCCAGAUAUGGUAAAGGACAUCAUUAAUGAAGAAGAAGUGCAAUUUCUCAAGACUCUCAGCAGAGGGCGCCGCAUCCUCGAUAGGAAAAUUCAGAGCCUGGGAGACUGUAAUACCAUUCCUGGGGACACUGCUUGGCUCCUCUAUGACACCUAUGGGUUUCCAGUGGAUCUCACUGGACUGAUUGCUGAAGAGAAAGGCAUGGUGGUAGAUAUGGAUGGAUUUGAAGAGGAGAGGAAACUGGCCCAGCUGAAAUCACAGGGCAAAGGAGCUGGCGGGGAAGACCUCAUUAUGCUGGACAUCUAUGCUAUAGAAGAGCUCCGGGAGAAGGGUCUGGAAGCAACAGAGGAUUCCCCAAAGUAUAAUUACCAUUCGGACUCCAGUGGGAGUUAUACAUUUGAGAACGUAGUGGCCACAGUGGUGGCUCUGCGCAGGGAUAAGAUGUUCGUGGAAGAAGUGUCCACAGGCCAGGAGUGUGGAGUGGUGCUGGAUAAGACCUGUUUCUAUGCUGAGCAAGGAGGGCAGAUCUAUGAUGAAGGCUACCUGGUGAAGGUUGAGGACAACAGUGAAGAUAAAAUGGAAUUCACAGUGAAGAACGCUCAGGUGCGAGGAGGGUAUGUGUUGCACAUAGGCACCAUCUACGGCAGUCUGAGAGUGGGGGACCAGGUCCGGCUGUUUAUUGACGAGCCCCGACGGAGGCCCAUCAUGAGCAACCACACAGCCACGCACAUUCUGAACUUCGCCCUUCGCUCUGUGCUCGGAGAAGCUGACCAGAAAGGGUCCCUGGUUGCUCCUGACCGCCUUCGGUUUGACUUCACUGCCAAAGGAGCCAUGUCCACCCAGCAGAUCAAGAAGGCUGAAGAGAUUGCUAAUGGGAUGAUUGAAGCAGCCAAGCCGGUCUACACCCAGGAUUGUCCCCUGGCAGCAGCUAAAGCCAUCCAGGGCCUACGGGCUGUGUUUGAUGAAACCUAUCCUGACCCUGUGCGAGUCGUCUCCAUUGGGGUCCCAGUGUCCGAGCUGUUGGAAGACCCCUCUGGCCCUGCUGGCUCACUCACUUCUGUUGAGUUCUGUGGGGGAACGCACCUGCAGAAUUCCAGUCAUGCGGGAGCUUUUGUGAUCGUGAGUGAAGAAGCUAUUGCCAAGGGUAUCCGGAGGAUCGUUGCUGUCACAGGGGCCGAAGCUCAGAAGGCCCUCAGGAAAGCGGAGAGCUUGAAGAACUCUCUCUGUGUCAUGGAGGCCAAAGUGAAGGCCCAGACUGCGCCAAACAAGGACGUGCAGAGGGAGAUCGCUGACCUUGGAGAGGCCCUGGCCACUGCAGUCAUCCCCCAGUGGCAGAAGGAUGAAUUCCGGGAGAAUCUCAAAUCUUUGAAGAAGAUCAUGGAUGACUUAGACCGGGCUAGCAAAGCUGAUGUCCAGAAGCGAGUGUUGGAGAAAACAAAGCAACUCAUUGACAGCAACCCCAACCAACCCCUUGUCAUCUUGGAGAUGGAAAGCGGUGCCUCGGCCAAGGCCCUGAAUGAAGCCUUGAAGCUCUUCAAGACGCAUUCCCCUGAGACAUCUGCCAUGCUCUUCACAGUGGAUAAUGAAGCUGGCAGGAUCACGUGUUUGUGUCAAGUCCCCCAGAAUGCAGCCAACCGGGGCCUGAAAGCCAGUGAGUGGGUGCAGCAGGUGUCAGGGCUGAUGGACGGCAAAGGUGGUGGCAAAGAUGUGUCUGCUCAGGCCACAGGCAAAAAUGUGGGCUGCCUGCAGGAGGCACUGCAGCUGGCCACCUCCUUUGCCCAGCUCCACCUGGGAGAUGUGAAGAACUGAAGGGUAGGGGCAGCUUCCACUGGGAAGCAUCCUUCACUUACCCAGUGCAUCCGUCCAGCCAGCUCUCCACCUGCCAUGAGGACAUUUGGAUCUUGGGACCUUUAAACAGCCCUGUCUGUCCUAACCCAGCAGUAACUGGAACUCACGCACCUGGGAGCUAGCCUGUGACUCAUUGCUCACGUUACAUUUCUGCCCUGAGCCCUCCCUACAUACCAGCGCCAUUUCUAAAACCACUACCCCAGGAUUGCUAUUUAUCAUUGUCAUGCUCGUGUCUGUAGAUAAGAGUUCUUUUAGGCCUCUCUGGUGCAGAGAAUAAAAGGACUAUGUGCAAUA